AUGCCGCUGCCGGCUCGAUGCUCUGCUUACCUCGAGAGAAGGAGAAUUUAUGGAUACGAGCCAUGCCUCGUGUUUUCUCGCUGCUGGCUGGUUGCUAAGAACAAAGUGGUGGCCUUAGGAGAAGUGCCGGAUGGGACCGUCGUCACCGUCAUGGCUGGAAACGAUGAGAACUACUCUGCAGAGCUGCGGAACGCUUCUGCCGUGAUGAAGAACCAAGUGGCCAGAUUUAAUGACUUACGAUUUGUGGGCAGGAGUGGAAGAGGGAAGAGCUUUACUUUGACAAUAACUGUCCUGACAAAUCCCCCCCAAGUCGCUACAUACCACAGAGCUAUAAAGGUUACAGUGGAUGGGCCAAGGGAGCCAAGAAGGCACAGACAGAAGCUUGAUGACUCUAAACCUAGUUUGUUCUCUGAACGCCUCAGUGAUUUAGGGCGCAUUCCUCAUCCCAGUAUGAGAGUAGGGGUCCCGACCCAGAGCCCACGGCCCUCUCUGAACUCUGCACCAAGUCCUUUUAAUCCACAAGGACAGAGUCAGAUUACAG